AUGCGCUCCCCCUUUGCCGAUCCCGACAAAUCUCAGGUCCCCCAGUCGCAGCCCACCGACAUUGGCUUCGGCUACAUCGCCAACCAGCCCAACCGCGAAUCCGUCGCCGUGCCCAUGACGCCCAAGUCCCCCCUCAAGAGCGCCAUCAAGAUGCCUGGCACUCCGGCGAGGCAGCUUUCCAACCCUCUGAGCCCCACCUUUCGCGAGGAGUAUAUUCUGGAGAAGCGUGAGCUGUCGACUGAGAAAGAGCAAGUCAAGGACGUGCUUGUACAGAAAAUGAAGACGCGCGUCCGCAUGGCCAAGUUUGCUCUCCGUGGCGUCGGUUUCAGCUGUUCCCUCAUCAUCCUCUCCAUGCUCUCCGCCUCCUUUGCCAUAUUCAACGCCACAAAGAGUUUGCCCAGCCAGAGCGGCAUGCCGUCCUGGGCGCCCAACACCGCCUCUAUGGCUUGGCCCCAGAAGCUAGCCCUCUCCAUGGCCUGUUUCUCCCUCUUUGUGUGCAUACUUGUCUUCGCCACCUACUGUCGAGGAGGGCACAAGCGCGCAGAAAAGGUCAACACGUACUAUCAAAUGUUUGCCGUCGGCUGGUUCAUGACGAGCCUAGUCCUCUGGGUCGUCACCGCCGCCCUGUUCCAGCAUGCCAAGGAUCACAGUAACAACAAGGACAUGUGGGGAUGGGCCUGCGUUGACAACACCCGUUCCGACGUCUUCGGCCAAAAGGUCGACUAUCAGCUCGUCUGUCGCCUCCAAAACUGGUCCCUCGUCUGCAUCAUCAUCGAGGUCGUCGUCGAGGUCGUGUCCAUUGCCCUCUACAGCUUCGUCUUUUACCGCUACUACACCAAGCGCCGUCUCUUCAAGUCCAUGGAUCUGCGAGACCGUGCCCGCUCCGAUCUCUACCUUGCCCAGCUUCGCUCUCAGUCGGCCCCAAACACGCCCGGCUUCGGCGGCCCCAAGUCUCCCGCGUUGAGCAACUAUGCCAUGUCUCCUCGUCAUCCACCCGCGGCGUACCGCAAUCUCUCGGACAUUGACGAGUCGAGUCCUUUCACCCCCGGCGGCCGCGUUGUCGAGCCCCAGUCCCAAUUCUCCCAACCCUUCUCCGGCUUCAAGCUGCAGCCUCCCCCGACCAAGGCCCCCUCGGCCACCCCAAAGACAAACCAGGGAGCCUUUUCCCAAAGCGCAACGCCAUCGAGCGGUGCCCUGGCACAGCCGGCUCCUCUUGCCGCCGACGAGCCGACGUACGACGCAGUUCCCAUUCCCGGGGCGUACGCAGGCUCAUCGGUCAAGAGCCCGCCCCCAACGGCGACGACGUUUGGUCAGGCUCGGUGA